AUGAUUCAGGUCGGUGGUCAUGGGGAUCGCAUUUGUCAGUGUUGUACAGUGACUUUGACCACAGACAAAGUCAUCCCCAUGCAAAUGGACGGCGAACCUUGUCGUUUGAUGCCGGCCACAAUACAGAUUCGCUGUUCUCAUCAAGCACUAGUAGUCCAAAAACAAAGACAUCAACCAACAUAUACAACACGCGGACCCGGUCGAUCAUUCCUUGUUUCUGGAGCUAAUCAAACCCGGUUGAUCAUUUUCGUCAUCUCGUUGAAGGACUAUCAGGCGAUCCCGGAUGAUGCGAUCGCACUGAGACAAAUUCCUGCGUUCUACGGUUCGGUGGGCGUAAAGUUCAACGCCGAUUUGGCCAUGGUUCGAAAUGCAAUCGAGACUUUCAACAGAUCCGGUCACGUGGAUCAACCGGAAGUGGCUAUCAGUGAAGCAACCGGAAUGGAUUGUGAUCGAGCACUAUUCUGCUUGUCUGAUUCCUGGGCUUUCAUUGACUCUACAACCGCUGCGACAAGAUUUUUUCGUAUUGAUCAGAAAAAAGAAUCGUCCCAUUUCAUCACGGAUAUUUGCAAUAUGGAUGAAUUAUUUCUGAUCGAUUCUGGUAUCCCACCGAGGCUUAUUUUUGACGGCUCCAUAACUGAGGGCCAUCCUGUCCCCAAUGGGAAGCAAUCGGAAGACUCAUCACCGGAUUGUCAAUCCAAUUUUGUGGAUAGCAAGCAAGAGGACCGCUCGGGUGUUGGCGCCAAGCACUCAGUCACGGAUAAUUCACCAAGUAAACCCACAAUGCCUUCUGAGCUACGGGAAAAAGAAGCAGGUCUAGUUCAACAGAUCGAAAGAAUUACGUCCGAACGAGAAGACCGGCGAGAACCCAAGCCUCUGCUGAGUUGUUCUUCCACUCUAGAUACCAAACAGUGUGCGAAUGUCACCUCGACAAUGGACCUAGAAAAUGAACAACUAACGCAUACGAUCCCACUUCAACAGAACAAAAAUCAGUCUGAUCAAGACAAAGCCUGGCAUUCAGAAAAUGUCCGGCCCAGAUUGGCCACAUUUCGAUCAAUUUCAGUCGUAUGUGAUCCCCGAGAACAAAAUGAAACCUUGAAAAGCUCUUCGGGUGUCACUGGUGAGACUACUAAGACCCACAGGAAAACCCGAUCAUUUGAUCAAACUUCAGAGAGCUCGAUGGAACGAGUGACCGACUGGCUACAUGUGCACAGUUCGUGCGAUGACAGUAUUUGCAGUUCGAUAAGUGAGCGCACGUAUGAGACUGAGUUGCUUCCAUCCGAUAGUGAACGAAGGCCAGCACUUUCUACGAACACGGAACGUCGAGACCGAGCAAAAUAUUUGGAAACGGUGGAUUCGUUGCAAAUACGCUUGGAUCGAGCACUCUUGAAUGCCUCUCGUAAAGGUAACGUGCAACAGAUCGACGCUUUGCUGGAGGCCGGAGCAAAUAUUUUGGCAGUGGAUGAGCGCGGUCGGUCUAGUUUACACUUGACCACGAAGUUCGGGUGUGACAGAGCAGUACGAACGCUGCUGAAAUACGCAUCGCCCGAGUUCCUCGAAAUACGAGAAUAG